AACCGAGCAACAACGACAGCGACACCAGUACAACCAACACCUGCACUCGUCCACGUCGUUGGGCCCUUUAUCUUUCCAGGUAUGCUUUUCUCGAAGCGUGUGAUAUCUGUGGCUGCCCUACUGGGCUUCGGGGCAUGCGACGCCUUUCUUGCCGGAAGAUUAGGGGUGCCCCGGGCUUCGCUGGUUCCGGGUCCAACAACGGGAUGCCAGCAUCAGCGACAACAAGGAGGGCGCCCUUUGAGCAUGAGCGGCUUCGAGAUGCCCCACCAAACCGCGAAGCGAAAGAAGCAAGGCUUCGGCGGGGGCAGGGCAAAAAAGCCUCCGCAGCAGGGGAAAACCUUAACCACGGGGGAGGCGGUGGCGAGACACAUGCUCUCGGAGUACAACGCCAUCAAGGCCGAGGGGGGCAAGGUUGCGAGGUUAUACGCCAGGCUGAAGGACGCCGACGAUUGGUAUCCCGUGGGAAACGUGUGCACCGAGGCGGGAUGGACAGCGCAGGGUGCCCAGGGACAAAAGCGCCUGAUUCUGGAUCACGCGAGCGAGAUGUACUCGCAGCUGAGGUCGGGUGCGGGGAAGAUGUUGGUGUUGGAAGCCGGCUACGGGCCAGUGGAGGGGGAUGACGGCGAAAUCACCGUGUGCAAGGGGAUCAAGUACAACGGGGAGAGAGUAGGAGUCGCGCUGGACCCUCUGCCUGACGGCCCGUUCUUCAAGGGAGUGGCCAAGGGCGGGUUCGGCGCGGAUAGGUCCUCCGCAGCAACUCUCAUGGACAAGAAAAAGCAUACCUAGGCAAGACGACGGGGUCAAUUGGCGUGCGAAGUGCUCAAAAGAGAGAGCGUGGCACUUUCAGAAAGCAGGAGCUACGGUAACACAACGCAGCGGCAUUGCAUUCUGCUAGAAGUAGUUGUCGCUCGUGAUGAUUGACGUCGAGGUGACUCCUUUCACAAUGUAUAAGACAUGUUUGUGCGUGACGUGUGGGUGGUUUUCGAAAGGUCUGAGGCGAAGUUACCUUUCUCGACGGGGG